CGGCCUUCGACUCCUACACAAGGGCAAACGAAGAUCUCUACGCCAUUCUUUUCCUCCUAGUGGAACCUCCAGUCGCCUUGUCGGUACAGAAGCACAAAGACGACACUGGCAUCAGCAGCGACGGACAAGCUGCCUUCGAGGAGCUCUGCAACAACUAUGACAGGGAAACGGACGAGGGCCAAGAUGGAGGAGCUGGAGAACAGCCCCAUGAACCCUGGUGAAAAUCCCGACGACAACUUCAACCAGAAGCACCUACUUCGCGCCCAGCUGGAUAAGAUAGGAGAACCCAUCUCCGGCCGCCGCUUCAAGGACAUCUGCGUACAGGGCUUCUCCGACGAAGAUAAGGACGUCAAACUGAUGGUGUUCAGGGACCCAACCUUCAACGUCCUGGACAUGCAAUCCACCAUGCGCAACAUCUUCUUGGACGAACAAUCGCACAAGGGAUGGAAGGGACGCAUAGCUGGUCGAGGAUUUGCCAUGGCAACGACCGCGUCUGACAUCAUCUGCCACAGCUGCUACGAGCCGGGGCACAUCAGGAGGAACUGCCCCAAGAUCAAGAACAGGGCGAAGAAGAAAACGAAGCCCGCCGGAGCUACCAAGUGGUGCUUCAAGCACAACACCACGUCUCACUCGGACGAGGAAUGCUACCAACAAGAAGGAAAGCGCCCGGAAGACACCAAGGACUCAAGGAAGCAUUUACUGCGUGCUCCGACUGCACUCACUGCUCGUCGGCGUCCAACAAGAACGACUCAAACAAUGAAGUGGCAGUUGUCGACUUCACCCGGGACGAGGACGCCUUCGACAGCGGCUUCAUGUUCGCCACGUGUUCCCGCAUCUCAAAACGCAACUUCGCCGCGAGCUCCACCGGGGUGGGACUGCUGGUAGACACGGGAGUAUCGGAGACCAUGGUUGACAAUCGCUUCAUCUCCGACGGAAACCUUCACGAUUACACCCAGCGAAACUCUCCAAAGAUCGUCGAUGUGGCAGGAG